GCGGGUAGGGACUCGGCGCGGGCGCCCUCCCGGCCGGCGGCGACGACCCCUGGCGACCCUUCCGAGGAUCCGGGAGGCGCAUUCCACUUCCUCAGGCUGUCUCUUCCUAUCUGGAACCAUGAGUGAAGCCCGCAGGGAUAGCACUAGCAGCCUGCAGCGCAAGAAGCCUCCCUGGCUAAAACUGGACAUUCCAGCUGUGGUGCCCCCAGCCGCAGAGGAGUCUGGCUUCCUACAGCCCCUGCGGCGCCAGGCUUACCUGCGGAGUGUGAGUAUGCCAGCUGAGACAGCCCAUGUCCCGUCACCCUACCAUGAACCUAGGAGGCCAGUACUGCAACGCCAAACAUCCAUCACACAGACCAUCCGCAGGGGGACAGCGGACUGGUUUGGAGUGAGCAAGGACACUGACAGCACCCAGAAAUGGCAGCGCAAGAGCAUCCGCCACUGCAGCCAGCGGUAUGGGAAGCUGAAACCUCAGGUCAUCCGGGAGCUGGACCUGCCCAGCCAGGACAACGUGUCACUGACCAGCACUGAGACACCACCUCCACUGUAUGUGGGGCCAUGCCAGCUGGGCAUGCAGAAGAUCAUAGACCCUCUGGCCCGGGGUCGGGCCUUCCGCGUGGCUGAUGACACUGCUGACGGCCUGAGUGCUCCGCACACUCCUGUCACACCAGGUGCUGCUUCCCUCUGCUCCUUCUCUAGCUCCCGCUCAGGUUUUAACCGGCUCCCUCGGCGGCGCAAGCGUGAAUCUGUGGCCAAGAUGAGCUUCCGGGCAGCUGCAGCACUGGUGAAGGGCCGCUCUGUUAGGGAUGGCACAUUGCGACGAGGACAACGUCGAAGUUUCACUCCUGCCAGCUUCCUAGAGGAAGAUAUAGUGGACUUCCCUGAUGAGUUGGACACAUCCUUCUUUGCCCGGGAAGGUGUCCUCCAUGAAGAGCUGUCCACGUACCCUGACGAGGUGUUUGAGUCCCCAUCAGAGGCAGCACUAAAGGACUGGGAGAAAGCCCCAGAGCUGGCUGACCUCACUGGUGGGGCCCUGGACCGCAGCGAACUAGAGCGAAGCCACUUGAUGUUGCCCCUGGAGCGAGGCUGGCGGAAGCAGAAGGAAGGUGGAACGCUGGCCCCGCAGCCCAAGGUGCGGCUUCGGCAGGAGGUGGUGAGUGCUGCUGGGCCCAGAAGGGGCCAGCGCAUCGCUGUGCCAGUGCGCAAGCUCUUCGCCCGGGAAAAGCGGCCCUAUGGUCUGGGGAUGGUGGGUCGGCUUACCAAUCGCACCUACCGCAAGCGCAUCGACAGCUACGUCAAGCGCCAGAUAGAGGACAUGGAUGAUCACAGGCCCUUCUUCACCUACUGGCUCACCUUCGUGCACUCGCUCGUCACCAUUUUAGCCGUAUGCAUCUAUGGCAUCGCGCCUGUGGGCUUCUCGCAGCAUGAGACUGUGGAUUCGGUGCUUCGGAAUCGGGGUGUCUAUGAGAAUGUCAAGUAUGUGCAGCAAGAGAACUUUUGGAUCGGUCCCAGCUCGGAGGCCCUCAUUCACCUGGGUGCCAAGUUUUCACCCUGCAUGCGUCAGGACCCUCAGGUGCACAGUUUCAUCCACGCUGCUCGGGAACGAGAGAAGCACUCUGCUUGUUGUGUGCGCAAUGACCGGUCUGGCUGUGUGCAGACCUCAGAGGAGGAGUGUUCGUCCACGUUGGCAGUGUGGGUGAAGUGGCCUAACCAUCCCAGCGCCCCAGAUCUUGCAGGUCAAAAGAGGCUGUUUGGCUCUGUCUGCCACCAGGACCCCAGGGUGUGUGACGAGCCCUCCUCUGAGGAACCCCACGAGUGGCCAGAAGAUAUCACCAAAUGGCCGAUCUGCACCAAAAACAGUGCUGGGAACUACACCAACCACCCUCAUAUGGACUGUGUCAUAACAGGCCGGCCCUGCUGUAUUGGCACCAAAGGCAGGUGUGAGAUCACCUCUCGAGAGUACUGUGAUUUCAUGAGGGGCUACUUCCAUGAGGAGGCUACACUGUGCUCUCAGGUGCACUGCAUGGAUGACGUGUGUGGCCUCCUGCCUUUCCUCAAUCCUGAGGUGCCCGACCAGUUCUACCGCCUGUGGCUGUCCCUCUUCCUGCAUGCAGGGAUCCUGCAUUGUCUGGUGUCCGUCUGCUUCCAGAUGACAGUCUUGCGGGACCUGGAAAAGCUGGCAGGCUGGCACCGCAUAGCCAUCAUUUACCUGUUGAGUGGUGUCACAGGAAACCUGGCUAGUGCUAUCUUCCUGCCAUACCGGGCUGAAGUGGGUCCAGCAGGCUCGCAGUUUGGCAUCUUGGCCUGCCUCUUUGUGGAGCUGUUCCAGAGCUGGCAGAUCCUGGCAAGACCCUGGCGGGCCUUCUUCAAGCUCCUGGCCGUGGUGCUGUUCCUCUUUGCCUUUGGGCUGCUGCCCUGGAUUGACAACUUUGCCCACAUCUCGGGCUUCAUCAGUGGCCUCUUCCUUUCCUUUGCCUUUUUGCCCUACAUCAGCUUCGGCAAGUUCGAUCUGUACCGCAAGCGCUGCCAGAUCAUCAUCUUCCAGGCAGUCUUCCUGGGCCUGCUGGCUGGCCUGGUGGUCCUCUUCUACUUCUAUCCUGUCCGCUGUGAGUGGUGCGAGUUCCUCACCUGCAUACCCUUCACCGACAAGUUCUGUGAGAAGUACGAACUGGAUGCUCAGCUCCAUUGAGUCAAGUUAGCUGUGGGUGCCAGUGGCCAAAGCCAUCCUGGCUUCCUGGGUCUUGUGCCUGUUCACUCCUGUUGAACCGCUGUACUGUCAGACAUUUAUUACAUGAGUUCCAGGAUAGCCCUAUAAUUACCCCUUGACGACCACAUCAUGUGGCCAAUAAAUGGAUUGGGAGCGUUUUAGCUGCCACUAACGAUCA